GCAGACUCUUCUACAAACAUUUGUGAAAGAAUAGGUCACUGUCAGGAGCUCAGUGAAUUCAAACAUGAUACCGUGAUAGGUUGCCACCUGUGCAAUAAGUCCAUCCAUGAAAUCUUCUUGCUACUAAAUAUUCCACGGUCAACUGUAUUGUUAUUGUAUCAAAGUGGCAGCAACUGGGAACAACAGCAGCUCAGCCACAAAGUGAGCGGGGUCAGCGGAUGGUGAAGCGCACAGUGGUCGCCAACUGUCUGCAGAGUCAAUGGCAAAAGACCUCUAAACUUAG